UACUACUAUAAUUUCUUCCUUCUCUUUCAUUUCCAAAAACCGCUCCAAUUAACACACACUCGCACACAGUAAGUUUCAACUCAUUAACAAUGGCGAUCUCGAUUCAGGACCACCGCGUACCGUCAUCGGAGGGCUACAACACCUACGACGUCUACUUCUACGACGACUCCAUCUCGACCACUGUCACCACCUCCCCGGAUAAGGUAUCCGAGUGGAUCAACGAGGUUGAGUGGAUCCACCGCCGCCGCCUCCACCGCCUCAUCGUCGGCCUCGACGUUGAAUGGCGCCCUUCUUCCGAACGCCGCCGCCGGAACCCCGUGGCCACGCUUCAGCUCUGCGUCGGCCGCCGCUGCCUCGUCUACCAGAUCUACCACUCUCGCUACAUCCCCCAAACCCUAGCCGACUUCCUUUCCGAAGAGAACUACACCUUCGUCGGCGUCGGGAUCCAAUCCGACCUCGGGAAGCUGUACAACGACUACGAGAUCGGCGGCGACGCCGGGUACGUGGAUCUGCGGGAGCUGGCGGCGAAUGAGUACGGCAUGAACUCGCUAAAGAACGCGGGGCUGAAAAGGCUGGCGGUCGUUGUGUUGGAGACGGAGUUUGACAAGCCGCGGCAAGUGACGAUGAGCCGCUGGGAUAACCGUUGGCUUACAGCCGAGCAGGUGCAGUACGCGACCGUGGAUGCGUUCGUGUCGUUCGAGAUAGGGAGGGCUCUGAAUGCCUGUGAUUAUGGAUUGGACUGAUCAGGUUAGCUUUUAGGAAUACAGCCAUUCGCAUGCGUUAGUGUUUCUAAUUCUGGUAGUGGAGGUUGAUGUAACAGACUUUUGAUUUUGAUGUUUAUGUGUUUUGCCUAACCAGCUACUUCGUUAUGAUCAAUUGAUGCGUUCCU